AUGGCUGCCAAUGCGCCGGCCACCCCGGCGCCGCCUCUCAAUGUCCAGCGCGGUCAUUAUCUUUGGGUCCUCCAUGAACACACCCCGCGCGGGGAUGACGAAUUGCGCAUGAAACGUGGCGAUGUCAUUUUGUUGGAGGAAAUGGAUGAAGAGUUCCAGGAUGGAUGGUGGCUAGGCGAGCAUCCGGGGACUGGUCAAAAGGGUCUUUUUCCUGCAGGUUUUACUCGAAAAGCGCAACCUCACGAGAUUCCCGCAAGCUAUCGACUUCCCAGCUCCCUCGAGCACAUCCAGACUGACCUAGGCUCCCAUCCAGCGGCGUCGGAGAGUCCAGAGGCGCUCAGUCGGGAGCCAUCCACUCCGAUUGAGACCUCCUUCAGUGCGAUCAGUAGCGAGCAAUCCACCCCUCAGGCGUCGCGGCCAGGAACUGCGACCGAAAUGACGAGUUCGCCUCAGCAGUAUCAUCAACAGCAACGCUCGGUAUCAUCUCCAGUGCAAAGACCGGGCAGUCUCGCAGCAAACAUACAAGAGGCUUUUCGAAGGUCCAUUGAUAGCCACGCCACCGGCGAGGAAAGCCCCGUGAUGAACGAGACUCUGAGUGUCAUCGAUGAGCAUAUCACGGACAUGAACACUCCUCGCCACAGCCUGUCAACCCAGGAUGCAAGGACCGCGAACGAUUCCGCCAGCGAGUAUAGCAGUCAUCUCAGCCAUCGCAUCUCUUACAUCAACGGGAACGAGACUGAUGAGGAGGAGAAUACGCGACUGACCCUAGAAGAGGUCCGCCGAUGGAACCCCUCCGAGACCGCCAAGCAUCUCCGGGAACUUGAUGUCGACCAGAGUCAUUGUGAGAUCUUUGAACGAGAGGAAAUCACCGGUGACGUGCUUUUGGAAAUGGAUCAGGAUACGAUUUUCAUGAAGCAUUUCGACCUCGGCGUCAUGGGAAAACGGCUCAAAACGUGGCACAAGAUCAAGGCAUUCCAAGAGGAGGUCAAGGGCAUCACGCCGCAGACCGAUUCGACACGCGGUUCCAUCUCCAGCUACGCAGGGUCGGCUGGCCCUGCCCGCUCCGAGGAGCGCUCGCUGUCGCGGGCCGGCCAGACAAACACCUUCCUACCUCGAAUCCCGACUGUUUCUGAACGAUCUGGACCUGGAUUUGCACCUCGGAUCGCUACCAUGCCUGGGCAGUAUCCUCGCUUAGCAAGUACCGGGACCUCUCCGAUGACUGUCAACGCGCCUCAGUUCACGCAAUUCACGAGCGAAUCUCCCCGGAGGGUUUCUGCCGCAUCCAUCCGUGACUACAAUCGGCGUCACUCGUCCAUCGACGCAACCAACCGUAUCAUGCCAGAAGGUCCCGCGAGUGGUGGUCAUCAGAAAAAACCGUCCUUUGAUAGGGCUUGGACGCUCAACAACGGAGCCUCCCAACCACUGCCCGCUCGUCCGGGAACAUCGGUAGGGACAGCGCCGGGGUACCGUGGGCCGCAAGCGUUGGAACCAGAGGCGGAUGCACCCGGGCGUGUUGAUGAUCUCGAAAGAGGAUACUUUUCGGGAACCGAAGUGGACUCACGACGGUCUCGACGUUUACAAAAGCGAACGUCCACCGGUGGUAGCAUCUCUCACUCUCGCAAAUCGAGCUUCGCCGAUGACCCGAGCCGCCUCAACAAUGCAGGCGCAGGGAAUCGACGGUCUCGAGUCAACAGUGUUGAUUCUGUCCGUGACGUGGUUCCACGACCGUCGCCGGUCGCUUCGGCCAGCCACGGAACACCGCCGAAGAGUCGGUUCAGAAGUAUGAGUACCCGAGUGUCGUCACGCAGCGGUAAUGAUUCGCAGUCGUCGACCCGAGAACCCAAACCUGGGUUCUUUGCGAGUUUCGGUCCCUUGAUCCGGAACAAGAAUGAUUCCAAGGGUGAGGGCAAGAGUGUCGUUGGCGGGAACGUGGGAGACAGUUCUGUUCGCUCCUCAACCGCCACUUCUCAGUCGGCAAAAGCGGGCGUGGCAGAGCCCACGAUGCGACGAACGGCCGGCAACCGCGCCAUCUCCGAGGUUGUCAGCAAAGGCGGCAGCGACAACUCGGCGCCUGUGUCGCCUCGUGAUUAUGACCCCAUGACUGGCCGUACCGGAUCUACCACACCAUCUGGCACGUCCAAGAGCUCCGAGCGCCACAGUACGGACGAAUCUGGAAAGGCCGCUGAGGGUACUGGAGCUGUCCCUCGGGCGCGUAUGGUGAAGACAAAGAAGGAGACCAGCGCUUACACUCGCGGCUUGGAGAAGAAGUCCCCUCGAGAGCAGGUCGAUGGCUGUGACUACAGUGGCUGGAUGAAGAAACGCUCCUCCAAUUUGAUGACGACCUGGAAGCCUCGGUUGUUCGUUCUUCGUGGUCGUCGUCUUUCUUAUUACUAUUCCGAGAAAGACACAGAAGAGCGGGGCUUGAUUGACAUCACCGCCCAUCGCGUGCUCCGUGCUGACAACGAUCCCAUCAUUGCCUUGCACGCGACAGUCACUGGUUCUACGGCAAUGCCGGCUAAUGCCAAUGCGCUUGAUAAUGGAGCAGGCUUGAAGGGGUCGAAUGCCGCUCUCGCCACCAAAGACAGCAGCGGGCCAUUCUUCUUCAAGCUCGUGCCCCCAAAGUCGGGUAAUUCGCGCACCGUGCAAUUCACCAAGCCCACUACCCACUACUUCCAGGUCGACACGGUGCAGGAGGGUCGGCUUUGGAUGGCCGCGCUCAUGAAGGCGACCAUCGAGCGUGAUUUAUCCGGCAAAGUGGAGACCAGCAACAAGCAAAAGACUAUCAGCCUCAAACAGGCGCGCAUGAUGCAGGCGCGUCCUCCGGCUCUGAUGAAUCCUCCAGCAGGCUUGAGUCAAGCGAGUCCAGCUCCUGCGCAAGGUGAAGAGGAUCAAGGCCUUCGGAUUAACGGUCUUAAUCUGAACAAAGUGACUCCGGCGCCAAGUGAUCUUCCACGGGCCGACGAAGCCGAACAGAACUCGGGCGAGGAGCCGGUCGCCACGGCCCCUUCAGACUCAAACCAACUUGGUGAGAUCAACAUUGGCAACUCGCCUCUCCUUCCAGAUGUGUUGGUCGGAGAUGAUUCCAAGUGA